AUGACCGUACGUAGCACCCGCAACUACCACACGAAGCCACAGGAAGAGGAGUCGGGGUCGAGGGAGGCGAAUAUCUACUGGGAACAGGUCAAUUUAUGUCCCACAAUUUCUAUCACCGAGUUGGAUCCAUGGAAGGAGGAAGAAGUUUGGACAAUGGAAGGUGGAAAUACUGAUGGGGAAGGGACAAACAGGAUAAUGGUGAGCAAGGCGAAGUCGCUUAGCUCAAGUGGGCGGAAGAAAAACGCACUGAAGAAAAUGGAGACCCCUUUUGGAAAAGAAAAAAAUGAUUCGAAAAAUAAAGGAGAAACUCGAAUGGAAAGAAAGAAGACAAGUGUAGGUUGGAAAAAAAACGGGCUUUCUACUUCGAAUGGUACACUUUUAGUUGGUACUCAUUGGGACCAUCGACUAGACCCCUGUCUAGGCGCCCGAUACGGACUGAAGAAGAAAAACCAACUUGGUAAGAACUCAGUGGAAUCCCCCAGCGUGAGAGAAACAGCCACUGCACUAGGUACACAUAACUGGAAAGAACCCCCCCUGAGCGAAUUAAAAAGAGAAUGCAAAAUGAUGAUAAUAAAAAGAUGCAAUAAAAAGAUAAAGUCUCAGAUACAAGUUAAGGAAUGCGUUAAGUAUACAAAAAAUUGUAAAGCAUCUUUCGGGAAAAGAACAAUCAGUAGAGUGGGAACUCCUCAUCCCUUUCAUUGCAAUCCUCUAAGGGGAGAGACAAAAUGGAAGAAAGGGGAACAUGAAUCUCUAUCAAGAAGUGUGCACAGGAAGAUUCCCACAGGGGGGAGAGUGAAAAAUGUCCCCCAGGUAAAAUCCCAAAGUAGGAGAAGUGUGAAAAGCGCUACGAAUAAAAGGAUAGAACCUAACAAAAUUAAACAGGUGGUGAAGAAUCCACCGAAGAGGAUGAACCACGUAGGGAGGAAGCAUGAGCAAAGGGGGGAGAUUCCCCAAAGGAUUGGCAGUGCCAAUGUUAGAAGAAACAUUACGGGGAGUGAGAAGAUGCACGUAGGAAAGAGAAGCUGCAGGAAGAAUGGCCCCCCCCUCGCUGGGAGAACAUGUUCCAUAAGGAUGGGGAGCAGGGGAGGGGGAGAGACCUCCCUCGGCUGUCUCAAGAGGGAGAAAGCGAAAGUGAAAGAAAGCGAGAGGAAAAACGUUAAAGAGGACGAGAAAGAAAAAUGGAACGACGAAAGAGGCAAAGGAGAAAGGCACUCUAGCGCCAAUGUCAGAAGUCGCAUAGACGACAAGCGCCAGGAACUUCUCUGCAGUUUUAGACAAAGACUCUCGGCGGGAAGUGCUCUCGGGGAAUUGGAGGGGAGUCGCACAGGGGGGAGGGUUCCAAGAAAGUUGGAGAGAGAGAUGAGAUGCGGCGUUAUGAACACGCACGUCUACGCUUAUGUGGGUAGCCCAUCCGGGGAGUACAAUCGGGAUGCACCUGAAAGUGAGGAGGAAGGUGAGAAGAAGGAGAGCUCGUUGCUACAUCACCCCCUUUCAAGCAACACAUAUGAAGUAAAUGAACCAUGUACCUAUGACCACGUUACGCACUGUGGAAAGGGAAGGGAAAGGAGCACUAUAAAGAUCAACACAUGGAGCAGUGAUGAAAUAAUGGUGGGGACAGUCCCAUCUUCAUCUGGUAAUUCCAUCCAGGGGAAGAGCAACUCCAUCACACGGAUCGCCUCUCCAGUGAAUGAAUCUGUGGUCAUCGGAAAGAGAAGGUCACACAGCUUGAAUGGAGAACAGGAAAGGAGGGCUGUGAACCCCCUGAUACUUACGAACGAUUUACGAAUUAAAAUAUGUUACAGUAACAACUACGUAGAUUUAAGAAGGAUGGAAAGGCUUCCCAUACAUGAGAGAGGUUCUCCGGAAAAUGAUAUAGCCAUGAAAGUGGGAAGAGAGUCAUCUAAACAGAUGACACGCAAGAUUUCCAAAUACAUGACCGAAGCGGAGCCACACAUAAAUUAUUCAGCACUGUCCUGUCAUAGUGAAGACCACUUCCUAAACAUAAGUGAUGAUCUGUUCCUCAUUUCGCAAGAUUCGGAAAAGAUGAAAAUGAAUGGCUACGUCGAGAGAAUAAAUUCGAAGGAUACUUUUGACGGAGAGCAAAGAUGUAUCUACAACAGAUUGGAGGGACAGACGACAGAAUGCCACACAUGUAUGGAAGGUAACCUUCUACCCAUUUCUCAUUUUGUAAAGGCAGACAAGGGGAAGGGAACUCAUCCAAUAGAAGAGGUAGAUGAAGAAGUUUCUCCUGUAAAAGAGUUGAUUCAUGAAUGGGAGGGGAUACAUGGAUUAGAAGGAAAUAACUACCACCAGCAGGAACGUACAAAUGAGCAGUCUACCGGGUGGUUCACCCCCGAGUUGGGACAAGAAGAAAUGGGGAGUACUUCACAGAAAAACAGUACACGCAUCUCCAAGGGGAUUAAUUUCACCAUGGGUGAUGAAAAAUUCAAAAGGGAUACACACCAAAUUGUGAAUGACAUUAACAGGAAAAAUCAUUCCUUAUGGAGAAGUGAAAAAAAUAUUGAACAACAUAGAAGGAGCGAUAAUGAAGGGGAGAGGCAGACGGACCGAAACACAGAUGACGCACACACCAGUAAAAACAAUAGGAACAGUUUAAUAGAACCCUUUUUAGACCACAGCGAGGAGGGGAAUGUUUAUAUAGAUCCAUUUAACCUGGACAAUGGAAGCAACUCCACUUCAGCAUCCCUUUGGGAGUGUCCUCGUGGAAAGUUCGUUCAAAAUUCCAACUUGAAUUAUUUGGUGAGAGAAGAGAGGUACUUAGACAACAUGGUGCAGGUGGAGGAAAAAUUCAGUGAGGUCUUAGUAGUACCCCCCGUUGAACCGGAAGGAAGGAUUAGCAAUAAGUGUUGUAGAAACACGAAUGAUACCAUCGCUAUGAGUGUUGGAAGAAACAGAAAUGAAGAGUCGAUCAAAUUUGGAGGAGUCUCCCAAGUGAAAGGAACAACAUCAGAGAAGCUAAGAAAAAACUUCCAGGUGGAUUAUCCUUGUGGUGGAAUGUCCAUGGAAGGGGAGGAAACUUCUCCUGUGGUUAGUCGUGGGGAGAAAAGGGGCAUCACCAACAAGAACCCUAACAAGAACCCUAACAAGAGCUCCAACAAGAAUCCAAACAACAGUCGUUUUGAACAACAAUUAAAAUGCAAGAACAACUUCCCAUUUGAAGCGAAGCGGAGAGACAAAACUGUGAAGAAGAAAGGUAGUGGUCAUCCCCGUCUUCACACAGAUGGUCCCAUCAUCGGUGCAGGUGUGAAGGACUCCGCUUCGAAGAGGAUUGGCACAAAGUCGAUCGACGGAGCUCAGAAUGACAAUCCUGGAGAACAUUCCACAAGGGCGAAGGAAGAGAGAAAAAAAAAACAAAAAAACAAAAACCAAAAAUCCAAAAAAGAAAGAAAAAAAGAAGAAGAAAAGGAAAAGGAAAAAAUAAGGAUAGUAAAGAAAAAAAAAAUUUCGGAACAGAAGAAAUGUAGCCAAUCAGCAAAACCGCCUCAGCAUUGUGAGAAAAUUGCUCCAACCAAAAAUCAGGGGAUGGAGAACACACACCCAUUAGACGCGUCCACAGUAGAAACGAAUCGUACCAGUAGAAAGGUGAUUCCCCAUGUGGGUAAUAACAAUGAAGAGGAAAGAUAUCAGCGUGAAAAAAAAAGAGACGACGGAAGAGGCGCACCGAGAGGGAGUGGUCACCCAUCCAAAAGUUCCACCUCCUUAGUGAAUCACAAAGGUAAGACAAUGUGGAUUGAAAAAGACAAGAAAAAAAAGGUGAAGAGAAAUAACUACCAAAUGCACCAUGAUAAGGGGAAUAUAAAAAAUGUGGAAAAAAAAAAAAAAAUCCCUUCAUAUGCUGUGUUGCAAAUGCUAAUUAGGAAGAAAACAAAAAAGGCACUUACAAACACCGACAGGGGGAGAAAAGCUGUGAACAGGUCAACGUGCAAUAUACACAAGUGUGAUGUGGUGGGGGAUGUGAUACAAGAAUGUAUCUUUUCUCCGGAAAGAAGUAAUGCAAAUUUUAAGGUUCGAAGCGGGUGCAGUGUCGCACUUUGUGGAGGCGUCCCGGUGGGAAAAAACAAAAAAAAAGGGAAAACCCAGAAAGGAACUAAAGGGGUUAAAGGGGUUAAAUAUGUUAGCAGUGGGAAAAGAGAUGAUCUGCGGAAGAUGAAGAAAGAAAAGAGGGAUAGGAUGAAGGACGAUGUACUUCUUGAAGGACAGGACUGCUUUGAAGAUGCCGCCCAAACGGAGAAGCGUGCCAGCGAUGCCAAGGAAGCCUUACCAAACACUCAAUCCAAGACGACCUCCCCCAGGGAUAGCCACCAAGAUGGAGGAACGCCCAAAAUGGAUUCUACGCCUGGAGGAGAAGACCCCAAUGAGAGACUCAUCACAAAAGAGUUAGAAAAAAAAUACCUAAGUAAAAUACACACAAAGAUGAUUCUAAAAAGGAAUAUUAAAAAGGGAGAGAAAAGAGAUCCGUUUGAUGAAGCAAUGAAGGAUGGAAGGGAAGGAACAGCUAUUUCAAUUCCUCCCCUUGGAUGUGUACUUCUUCACUCAGAAGUUAUGCAAAGAAGUAACGUUCCUGAUAGUAGCCACUGUUUAGGAGAAGUGAGCCAAGAGGUGUUUUUCCUAGAGGAGCUUAUUCAGAAAGAAAGAUGCCCUGUCGAGGGGGAAAAGGAGAGAGGCAUGAGAGAGUGUGCGAAGUGGGGGGAAUGGAAAGACGAAUUACAUGAGAGAACUAGCAUAGGGAUCGAACCCGAAACGGUACACACAGUGAAUAUCGAAAGGGGUGAUCAAAUGAGAUGGACAGAGGAGAGAACAAAGGAAUCACUCGAUGUAGACGAUGUAGAUAAGUUUCACCAGACGCAUUAUUCGGACAAAUUGGAGUUCCCCUUAGGAGGGUUAAGCAGUGGUAGCAGUGACAGUAGCGACCGCGUUGAUCGUGUUGAUCGUGUUGAACGUGUUGAAAGUGAUGAGCGUGUUCGAAGGGAGAGGAGGCGGUGGGACCCAGACCUGCAGAAAACCACAGGGGAAGUGCCAAAGGAUUACGUUGAGGGUGGAAGGAGCCUACGCAAGGGAAACGAGCACGAUUGCGGAAAAUUUUCCUUCUCACUUAAUUUGGAGAAGUACGUGGUAGAUCACAGGAUAAAUCGGAUCAGCUUGAAAAGGAGCCUCUUUGGUGGUAACCAGGAAGGGGAAGAUAUAUGGGGGUGUCAUCCCGAUGGAACUGAAUACGACAGUCCACCAGGAAGUGCUCCCAUGGCAGAGGCCCUUGAGGAGAUUCCCCCCACACGAACGAUUGAGCAGGAUGAAGGUAGUAACUUCCCCCCUCAGAGGAGAAGACAAAUUACAUGGAGCACAGAAGAAACCGACACCAGAAAUGUGAAGUCGCUUUUUCUUACAUGCAACGAAAGAGAGGUGAUGAAUGUCAAGGAAAGAAAAAAUGUUAUUAAUCAAGUGAAGCAAAACGUACCCCACUUAAAUAGGAAAAAAGGUGCAUAUCCAGAUGAGGAAGAAGGAAAAGGUUUUUGGAGUUCCCCAUUUGAUAAGGUUACCAGAGACCAGGAGUGCUCAUCUUUACGUGCCAGUGAAGGAAGGAUCGAACUUGGAUCAAUUGUAGAAGAUUUUUUCCUAAGCAAAAUUAAAGGGAAAAAAAAAAAAAAAAAAAAAAAAAAAAACUACCUCUUCAGAGCGCUCUCCGUGAAUGACAUUUAUGGGAGCCUCUUUCCGAAGAGCAGAGGAUGUGUUAGCUUUGGUGAAAAGGAAGAUGAUUGUAAAAAAAAACUUAACCUUGGUGGUUGUAGUCCCUACCCUCACUCGGUUGGAAACAGUGUCAAGUGCAUUCCACACCUGUUGAGCAGGACGAAAAGUUUGGUUUUUCCACGAGGAAGAAAUAACGACGGUGGUGGGGGAAUAUUCACUCAGGGAGUUGCCACUCCCAAUGGAGACAGAAGCGUGAUCACCAGAAUGGUACACCACGCGGGGACAUCAGAUGAAGGAAGCUUAUUAAAAAAAAAAAAAACUCCAAAUAAUUUCUCUCGACAGUCUGUACUACUUCCUAUGAGGAAUGUAGGGGUGCGGCCAAGUAGAGUAAAUAUUUUCAGAAGGUCCAAAAGUUGUUCUAUACUGAAGGGGAAUGCCUUAGAACGAGAUUGUCCGUAUGACGCAGCGAUGGGGGAGUUGGUCAGGAAAGCGGUUUGGACAAGUACCAUGGUGGCUUCCAGAACGCCAGUUGGAGAACCCACCAACAUGGGUACAGCUGUGAAGCGCAGUUCCCUAACCUGCGGAAAGACCUUCGGUGAAAGCCACGCUAUUCAUAAGAAUCUGGAGAAAAGUGUUCAGACCCAGACGAGCGACUUUUUGUGGAGCCCUUGUUUUUUGUUUGAGAGUAGCGUGAAGGAGUGA